UCUGAAAGAGAAUGCCAAAGAGAAAUACAGCCUGUGAUAAUGUCAGUCUUCUGGAGCACUAAUUCCUGGCUGCUGAUGAGGUGGUAAACCAUGACACCAGGAAAUGACUUCUGCUGCUUGUGUGUCCCUGAGAAGAAGGAGAGUUUUGUUGAGGCAUUGUCACUCCAUCUGUGACAUCCUCCCUCCAAAAUGGCUUCUGGACUCCCAGAGAAGACACCACCACCUCGUCUUUUGUCCAGAGAAAGACUGAAGCCUGAUACUCUGACUCCCUCUGCCUUCCAGAAGGAGAUGUCUCUCACCACCAAGCAGAGGCUGGCCAGAGCUAAGAAGCUGACUCUGCCUCCGAUUGUCCAGCCUCAAGCCAAGUGUGAAACCUCCCAUCACAAGUCCUCAGCAGCUGACCCACAGCAGAGCUUGUUUCAGCCUUGCCCACCAGAGGUGGUGUUCCAGAACUACACCCCUGGUCAGGUCUGUGAAGCGCCCGUGCUUCUGAGGAACAGGGACAAGGUUUCUCAUCUGCUGAGGGUCACCUGGGAGAGCUCACCUUAUUUCCAGCUGGUGGGCCCCGAUGAGGUGCACCGCAAGGUGCCACCAGGCCUCCACACCACUGUGCGCAUCCUCUUCACCCCUGCAGAGAACAAGGAUUAUUUCCACAAGCUGGUCUGCAUCACUGAAAGGGAGGAGUUCAUUGUGCCAAUUCGGGCCAUUGGUGCCCGAGCCAUCCUGAACUUCCCUGACCAGCUGGAGUUCUCAGAGUGUCCAGUCAAGUGCAGCACCAAAAAGACUCUGCUGGUUUGCAAUGUUGGUAACAGGACAGCUCAUUACCAGCUGAGCACCCAGAGCCCUUUCUCUGUCAUUCCGGCCACGGGAGCUCUGGACGUCGGUGACACUGUGCAGGUGACAGUGGGAUUUCAGCCACUGAAGACUGGUGACUGUUCCACGUCCCUGGCCGUGCACUACGACACAGGUGAAGACACCCACACAAGCCUUCAUGCAAGAGCUGUGGAUGUCCCCAUCGAGCUGGACAGGAGUAGUGUGACGUUUGGGAAGACCUACAUCACCCUGUCAAACCGCACAAGGGUGCGCAUCCACAACCUGAGUGAUAUCACAGCCCACUUCCAGUGGAAGGCUGUGGAUACUCAGGGAGAGGAGGAGCUGAAGCUGAGGCAGUGUCGCAGGCUGUGUCAGCAGGAGAAGGACAAGCUGUGUGAUUUUCUGAAGGAGCUCAUAGUGAACACCACUCGCCGAGAACACUUUGCUCUUCUCAUCCGCAGCCUCCAGAGUGAGAGGGCAAAGGUGAGAGAAGAUCCCGCGCUGUUCAAAGAUGACAUUUUCUCCAUUGAGCCGAAGGAGGGCGAGAUCAGGCCCAAUUGUUGGGCUGAUAUCAGUGUGUCCUUCAAGCCCCGGGAAGCCCGGGUCUAUGAGCAAGCAGCUUACUGCGACAUCUCAGGCCGUGAGAACAGGCUGCCCCUGCACCUCAUAGGGGAAGGCCUCGGGCCCCAGCUGCGCUUCAGCGUUGAGGAAGUGAACAUUGGGGAGGUUUUUGUCACUUCAAAAUACAGAUAUAAGGCGAUCCUGUUAAACAGAGGGGCUAUUGAGGCUCCCUUCAGCCUCGUCCCUCCAAAAACAGCCAUGGGCUCCUGCUUCACCUUCCUGCCCCAGGAGGGCAUCGUGGAGCCAUAUGGACACAAGGUCAUCUGCAUCUCCUUCUGUCUCCCCACGCUGGGGGAGUUUGAGGAACAAUUCCAGUUCAGUGUGGCUGGAUCUCGUACGCCUGUGACCCUGACAAUCAAGGGCUCUGUGGUGGCACCGACUUUCCAUUUUGAUGUGCCCGCCCUCCACUUCGGGGAGGUCUCCUUCGGUUUUCCUCGCACCUUGAAGUGUUGCCUGUUCAACACCUCCCCGGUCUCCAUGGAUGUCAACCUCCACAUUCCUGGGGAUGGCUCGGGACAGCCCAGCAUUGGCAGCUCUGAUCAGAUACGCCAACUAAGCAGCCAGUCUUGGAGGAAGGAAGCUCAUGGUCUUAUGAAGCCAAGGGAAUUUACCAUAAGUCCCGAGAGAGUCCAUGUCUUUGGCCUGGGAUCCAAGGAUAUCGAGGUCACCCUGUGUUCCAACACUGUCAAAGACUACAAGCUGGAGCUGGUGGUGGACGUGGAUGGUGUUGGCAAGAAGGUGUUGGCACUGACCCUCACAGCCAGAUGCAUCGUUCCUCCCCUGAGAGUGCUCAGCCCUGUCGUGAUGUUCGGGCACUGCUGUCUGACGGUCCCCUCCGACGAGAAGCUGACCCUUGUGAACGACAGCGACUUUCCUGGCUGCUACUGUCUUCUCCCUCAGGAACACAAGGAGAAGGCUGCUGCAUGGUACUCCAGCUCUGUGCCAGCUGGGAUCAUCGAGGCUCACAGCUCAGUGGAGAUCCCAGUUACACUCGAGGCCCAGUCACUGGGGGAGUGCAGCGUCACUGCUGAGCUCGCCGUGUUUGGGAGAGCAGGAUCGCCGCUGGAAAUCCACUUAGAGUGCAUUAGCCACGGCCCCGUUGUCUGUGUCGAUCGGAGGAAGAUAAACUUUGGCACUAUCCCAGUCUUAGAAGAUAGGUGCAGACCUGUCCAUGUCUCCAAUCACAGUGACAUUGCUGCAACCUUCUGGGCAGAGAUGGCUGGGAAACGCUCACGCUGGAGGAUUGAGCCAAGUAAAGGAGUGAUCCCCCCUCAUACUGAGGUGUCUGUGGCUGUCAUAGCCAACGUGAAUGACACCAGGAAAUUUCAGGAUGAGGUGCAGGUGUUCAUUGAGAACAGCCAUACGUUCGUCAUCUCUGUCCAGGCUGUGGGCACUGGCACCACCAUUGUCACUGAUAAACCUUUCGCUCCGGCCCUUGACUUGAAGUACCGGUUCAGCUGCACUCCGUGCCGCUAUGAGUUCCAGCUGACCAACAAAGGCCAGCGCCUCCAGCGGCUCUGCUGGAGCACGGAAGGUUUCCGCAUCUUCCGGCGGCGCGCUCGUCCUCCUGGCCCGGCUGGCACCAGGAGUGGGGAGGAUUCCCAGAGGCCCAGACCUGGCAGCCCCGUGUUCAAGCUGCGGCCGUCGCACAUGGACCUGAGGCCAGGCCAGAGUGUGGAGAUGGUGCUGGAAGGCUGCUCCAGCACUGCCCAGGAGGUGAAGGAGAGGCUGCUGUGUGAUGCAAUGGUGGGGAAAACAAAGAAACGUAUCAUGCACGUGGACAUCACCUGCAAGUUCAUUUGCCCCGUUGUGCAAAUCUCUUCCAGAACGAUCACUUUCCGUGUGGUAAAGAAACCUAGUGAUGUCCUGACACUGCAGUACCAGCCUGUGUCUUUAAAAAACACCUGCUCACUGCCCUUCAGCAUUGUGCUGAACUUGGAGAAGCCAUUCCUAAUCUGCAGUGUGGACCAGCAGCCCCUCCCUGCCCAUUCCAUGCCUGUGACCCUGGAUGUAGGGGAGGAACUUCACCUCUUCAUCCAGUUUAACCCAGCUUAUGAGAAGGACCUGCACAGCAGGGUGGUACAGGAGACUCUCGGGAUACGCUUCAUGGAGCAUCCUCAUGUGGAGCGGAUCCCUGUUCGGGGAGAAGUCUACUUCCCCAAUCUCCGUUUGGAGACCAAGGCCGUGGACUUUGGCUGCAUCAUAAACGACACUCAACACAUGCUGUACAUGGAGAUGACCAACUGCAGCCCAAUUCCUGUCCAGUACCACUGGUCAUUCCUGACAGACAGCCAGGUGAACACCAUAAGGUUCAGGCCUCAACCACCCAAAUUCGAAUGGCAGUCAUCAAAGACUGAAACUGUGCAGGAGUCAAGUGAAAACUCACAAACAAUACAGGAUCCUGCCCAGGAGGAUCCUGCCCAGGAGGCUCUCUCCCAGGAGAAUCCUGCCCAGGAGAAUUCUGAUCAGGAUGAUUCUGAUCAGGACGAUUCUGACCUGGAGGAUUCUGCCGAGCAGGCAGCAGAUGCUGAGGACUCCCUGGAAGCAGAGGAGCUGUCAUCCACUGCUCUGGAGCCUCAGAGCCCAGUGAGGAUGAGGGGACUGAGGCAGUUCUCACAGAUGGAGCAGCACAACGUGACAGUGCAGGAGGUUUUUGGUGUCCGUCCACUGUCGGGUGUGCUGCCCCCAGGAGAGAGCCAGCUGGUCGCCUUCACCUUCUUUGGCCACGCCAACAUCGUGGCCCGUGUCACGGCGCUGUGCCACGUGCAGGGAGGCCCCACCUACCAGGUGGUGGUGACCGGGGAGGCCUCGUGCCCCAGCUACCAACUGGACGUGCAGGAGAUUGACUGGGGGAUGCAGGUGCACACCAAAGUCCUCAAGGCAAAGGUCACCCUGCGGAACACCGGGCUUCUGGAAUUCCCCUUCGUGGUGCCAAACUCCGGCACUGGCGCUGCAGCAAAGCCUCCGCCUGCUGUGCCCGUGGUCGUACCCACCAAAGGCUCCAUUGCACCUGGCCAACAGCAGGUGUUGGAAGUCUAUUAUGUGCCAGGAGAGCUGGGAGUCUUCCGCAGGACUUUCCAGGUCCAGGUGGCUUCUCUGGAUCCAGUAGAAAUCGUCCUGAAAGGAGAGGGAAUCUCUCCUGGGACCACCGAUGACCCACCCUGGACAGGUGGAGAUACUGCAAAAUGAAGAAAAAGUCCUGGAGGAAGAAGAAAAGGAGGGUGAUACUGUCAACCUUGAGAAUUCAGCUGAGGAUGAAAGAAUAUCCAUAUAUCCUUCAGAAGACAAACCCUGAGAGAUAAGAACCUCGAGGAUUUGCAUUGGCACAGCUUGUUAUCAAUAAAGCAGGCAAAAUAAUGUCUUCUGUGAAGAAAUCUGUGAAUGCUGAGCUCUCUAGCCAGGCAUGAUGCAAAUUUCAUGAGCUCCUGUGCACUCUUCCUCUUCUCCCAGAUGAAGCUUUUCAGGACAGAGAAGUGGAUUCUGUCCACCUCUGUGAAGCACCUGGAGGUUUUAUGGCCAGCCUUAAGCACUACUUGAAGUCCCACCAUGUCCCUUCCCACUGGAAUUGGAUAGCUAAUACUCUAAACCCAUCUCAUGAAGCCAGUGGAUGAUGGUCUGACAGCAAAUACUUUCUCUUGGUGCUGCCUUGGGCCAGGUAACUCUGGGGAUUGUGGCAGACUCGUAGAGAGAAGACUCUUGGUCUGUGUGAGAUGUAUGACACUGAUUAUGUGGAUCAUUAUGACUAAACUUACUGCUACUACAGUAUCUAAAUAUUGUCAAUGCAGUAUAAAAUAUCAGCAGGUCUAAAGGGCUAUAAAAUAAGCAGGUUUGGCUAGAAACCCACAGGUUUACCAUCUUUGGCAAUGCAGAACUCACUGCGACAAAGCAACAAAGCACCUAUAGAGGUACUUCAGGAUUUUAUCUCUGGAGAUGACUGGAUCUUAGCUGCAGUCAGAGGCACCAGGAAGCCAGCUAGGGCAUGCAAGGAGCUCAAAUGACACACGGGGAGGGUGGCACGAGCCUUUCAGCAUUUGCUCCUUGCCAGGUGCAAGGGAACCCUGGCAAGACCUGGCUUGAUGCUGCAGCUCUUCCUCUAUCUUCUGGAUACCAUCUCAUCAGUAAUGGGAUCUCAAAGUCCAGGAGAGCAGCCUCCGUGAGGUGCAAUUUAUAUGCUGUAGCAGUUUAAAUGAAGUAGUUGUCAUGACAACUCAAUUAACUAAAUAAAAUAUUUGUAAGCAGCUGCAGCUCAUGUGCUCUGCAUCACCUUUACUUCCACACGGAUCAUUUGGAGUGCAUGUGCCAGUGAGUCUGCCCCUCAGCUCUCUGCCUCUCCUCCUCCCCUCCCAGCCAGGGAAGAUGAGGUACAAGGCAGUACUGCUCACUCAGCUGGGUUCUGGCACGUGUGUAGCUGCUUCUGGCAGUGCAGAAACCCAGAUCAAGUCGUUCUCAUCUUCUUCCCACUCUGACCCAUUCUCCCCGUGAGGUCACCUUUCAGGAACUGUGUUUUAGCUCUGCUCUAAUUAAAGGAGAGUUUGUAGAUAAAUACACAUAGAUCUGCUUGCCCACGAAAUGUCUUUUUAUACAGAGAACUAGGACAAUCAGAUAUGACAGCCAGCCUGAGGCUGUCUUCAGAUCGGCAGGUUUUGGCCAUGCACGCUCAUUUAGAAAUAGGCACCACAGCAACUGAAGUUACCCGUGUAGCUUCACUCACCCAAGAGCUGUGGAGUAGCUGACAGCUCUAAGUUAAUGCUUAGGUCACAAGGAAGUUUUAAUUGCCUUCACUGCAAAAGGAAUGUAAUGUUUCUUCAGAAAAGAAGAACUCUUCCAAUACCUCCCUCAAAACACAAAGCACAAAGGAACAGAAGAGAUAAAAAAGAAGGGUUCCUUGUUAGAAAGUUGUUGAGCUUACUGCAGGUUGAGGCCCUAAGUACCACAGAAACUACAGACAACAUCCACCUGCAACCAUCAAGCAGCAAUAGCCUUUUUCAUGGUUGACAGCAUCUAUUUUCAUCUUCAUCUCUCUCAGAAGAUACUGGGAGAGACUUGGCAAUGGCAAUAAAUGGAGCUCAGGUUAAGUUAGGUGUUAGAGAUGAGUAAUAAGACGGUUGGCUCUCACAGUUAAGGGAUAAAUACUAUGUGUAUGUUAGAAGAAGGUUUGUAGAUGUAUUUGAGUUACCUUUUUUUUGUAUAUUCUCCCCAAUGUCCUCUUUCCCUUUCCCCUCAUCUUGUCACUGGUUGGGGUAUCUGGGGGAGGGCAGGCUCCUUACAGGAGCUCGGCAUGGCAACACCUGACCUCAAUCAAGUACGAAAGUGAUCUCUACCAGUGAACAGCAGAGAAGUUGACUGACAAGAGUUUGGGAGAGGCCAAGGGUAUAAAAAAGCAGAACAUCAUUUUUGUAGAUGAGCACGUGGCUGCUAGUCACGGAGAGUCCCAGUGCUGCUCUUUCUCCUUGUUCAGUCUUUUGUUGUAUUUUGUUAAGGCUUAGGAAACCUUUGAAUUUUUUAAAAGUGAGUGUCGUGUCUCACAUUAGGCAUAAACCAGAAGGAAGAUAGAUGAGAAAUAACACAGCGAAAAGGCACGCAAUCUGAACAGAGAACUUCACAGACUUUAACUGUGAGCACUGCCAUUGUUACUUUCUUCCUUGUCAUAGCCUGCUAGUGCCCAGAAUGAUUUUUGAUCCUGAAAGAAGCAUCUGAUCUGUAAUGAAGUCCUGUUUAGACUAAGGAAACGUUUAGGGAAACUACAUUUGAAUUUCAAGGAGACUCAAAUGGCCCUUGUCUGGUUUGUGUUACUCUGUGCAGAAGAGUUUGCCCUCUUUGAUAGAAAACGAUAAAGAAUAUAAUGUGUAAUCCCAUUCAGGAGAGCAGUUCAGUCACUUACUUUUGUCCUUCUUGGCUUUUGUGG